ACUAGUGACUCAAAAAUGAGUAUUUUGAAACCGAACAUGGAUACAAACAAGAGCAAUAUUGCAGGAAAAGUAGUGAUCCUUUGUGUGCUUCUUACUACUGCUUUCUGCUUACCAAGAGUAGAUACUUUACUAAAAGAAAGUCCCAAUAAAUUGGGAGCAACCAUCGAUAACUCUUUUGAAGAUAUUUUGAGAAAGCCUUCAGAAUGCACAGAUCAAUCAUGUCCAAGUGGUGCUUACUUUAUUGAAGGAGGUAAUGGAGAAGAGCUCUAUGCUUUUGGAUCUUUACUUGGAGGACCUCAAUCAACCAUGGAUCAUGGUAUGACUGACGAAUACUCGAAAACAAGAUAUGCAGUCCUUGUCGGAGAAGGAACUUACAAGAUGCCUGGACCUUUUAGACUCGGAUAUUACACCCAGGUUACAGGAGUCGCAGAUAACAGAGAGCUUGUGAAUAUUUCUCCUGGAAUAGAUGUACUUAAUAAUUGUGGAAAGUCAGGUGAUCCUAAUUGUGUUUCCCCAGGAGGCCUUGACAAUUUUUGGAGAAGUAUUUCUAAUCUCAAGUUAGACAUCAGUGAACUAGGACAUCCAUUAUUCUUUGGAGUUUCUCAAGCUUCUCCUAUUAGAGAUUUAACUAUCACUGGUAACAGUAUCUUAAUGUGUGAUAUUAACCAAUAUGGUCAAUGUGGAUAUACUAGUGGUGGCUUUAUCAGUGGAAUGGAAAUAGAUGCUAACAUUGAACUAGGAUCCCAACAACAAUUUUAUGUUACCCAAUCGAAGUUCCAAAAGCUCACUGCAGGUGCUUGGAAUAUUGUAUCCAACAACAACCAAGGAGGCUAUGAAGGAGGAGGCGACUCAAAUGUUCACAAUACAUGGGGUGAAUAUCCACUAACAGAGACUACCAGUGAAGUGCAUCUAAAGGCUCCCAAACUUGUACUCGAAGAAAAUGUAUGGAAAGUUGUAACUGACAAAGAAAGAAUGCUAGUCGAUGACUUCAUUGUGUUGUCUCUUGGUUCAAACGAAUCUCCAACUGUUGUAAGUGAGGAAUUGAUCCAACAAAUCAAUGAACAGCUUAUGGAUGGAGCUAAAGGAGUUAUUGUUGAGCCAGGAAUUUAUCACCUUGAAGGAACCCUUAUAGUUCCGGACAAUAAGGUAUUUGUUGGUCUUGGCCUUCCAACAUUCGUUUGUCAGAGCACAUCAGGCAGAUGUAUGGAGACUGGAAGCGAAGGAGUUCAUAUUCAAGGCAUGACUUUUGAUGCUGGAGUAAAUGGAAAAUAUAGUGACAAAUCUAAUAUUUUACUUACAGUUGGAGAUCAUGGAAAUGGAGUAAGUGACAACCCAUCAAUGUUACAAGAUGUCUACUGCAGAGCUACUCGCUCUGAUUCUAAACAAGCAACUCCUCAAGCUUUUGCUUGCAUCGAAGUAAAGGCUGACCAUACAAUUGGAGAAAACUUGUGGUUGUGGAGAGGAGACCAUGAUAUCCAAUCACCUCUUAUCCCUUAUGACGUAAAUGUAUGCGAGCAUGGACUUAUCGUAAGAGGUGAUAACGUCAAAAUGUUUGGACUUUUCGUUGAACACUUCAACAAUUACCAGACUGUCUGGUAUGGAAAGAAUGGAGAGAUUAGGUUUUAUCAAUCAGAGAUGCCAUACUUCUUGACUGUUGACGGAGAGCAGCAUAUUGUAGAUUGCUCUCACCCUGACUCAUCUGAAACAGUAGAAGAGCAAGUUUGUGCAUCACUUUACGUUUCUGAAUCUGCUACAGGAUUCAGAGGAGAAGGGCUUGGUAUUUAUAGUUUCUUCCCUAAUACUCUCAAUCAGAAGACAAUCAGAGCUAAAACUGCAAUAGUAGUAGAAAAUGAUGAUGUUUCUUUCCAUCAUGCAUUAACUUAUUGGUUAAACGGGGAUCAUGACAGCGGAAUCGAUAGUAUUUUGAUGAACAAAAAUGGUGAAUCAUAUCCUAGUGAAAGCUCAAUUUACCAAGACCUGAAAGGAUAUGCCUUUUCAUCAUAUCCUCCUGAGGAAUCCUUGAACUCAUCUGACUAGAUUAAAACACUUUAGGUCAA